AUGACAAGUUCGCUUACAGAUAUAUCCAGUCAUGAAUAUGUAGCAAAGCAACGAGCUCCAAAUGAGAAAAUUUAUAAUAAAAAAAUGGCAGACUUUAAAGACUGGUAUAAUGAAGAAGUGUAUUAG